UUAGGUCAUCAUUCAAGAUGGCGCUCCCCGUCCGCACACAGUGGAAGUACCUCCUCACAUUCAUUCAAAAGCACAGUUCUCCGAAAAGGUUGUUCAGCGCUGGAACGUGUGCGGGAAAACAGGAGCCUCCAGGAGGUGGGCGCAUCUUCUCGGGGAUCCAGCCGACUGGCGUGCCCCACCUGGGGAACUACCUGGGGGCUCUGGAGAACUGGGUGGCCCUGCAGAGCCAGUAUCCUUCAGUGCUCUACAGCGUCGUGGACCUGCACUCCAUCACCCAGCCUCAGGACCCGGCUCAGCUCAGGGUCAACAUACUGGACAUGGUGGCCAGCCUGCUGGCCUGUGGCAUCGACCCAGAGAGGUCUAUACUGUUCCAGCAGUCUCAGGUGUCUGAGCACGCUGAGCUCUCCUGGAUCCUGGGCUGUCUCACCAGCAUGCCUCGCCUCAGACACCUGCCACAGUGGAAGAUGAAGAGCAAACUAAAGAAUGAAGGCAGUGUGGGUCUCUACACGUAUCCUGUCCUCCAGGCUGCUGAUAUUCUCCUGUACAAGUCCACUCACGUGCCUGUCGGCGAGGACCAGGUCCAGCACUUGGAGCUGGCCCAGGACCUCGCUCGCGUCUUCAACAACCAGUACGGAGACCUGUUCCCUGAACCACGUGCCCUGCUCAGCUCCACACGAAAAGUCAAAUCCCUGCGCGAGCCCACUGCCAAAAUGUCCAAGUCAGACCCCCAGAAGAUGGCCACAAUUAACAUCACAGACUCGCCCGACGACAUCGCCCUCAAGAUCCGCCGCGCCGUCACCGACUUCACCUCCGAGGUCACCUUUGACCCCGAGACGCGGCCGGGCGUGUCCAACCUGGUGACGAUCCACUCUGCCAUGGCGAUGAUCACCGUGGAGGAGGCAGUGUCCCAGGCCAAGGGGAUGGACACAGGAGCCUAUAAGAAGCUAGUAACUGAGGCCUUGAUCCACAGGUUGACACCCAUCAGAGAGGAGAUAGAGAGGCUGCGGGCCGACAGGGCUCACCUGGAGGGAGUGUUGGCCCGUGGGACCCACAGGGCCCGAGAACUGGCGGCCCCGGUGCUCAGAGAGGUCCGACAUCGAGUGGGGUUCUGCUGACAGAGGCAGCUGGCUGGGACUUUAAAGGGAUACUUGUCUCAAAACAAUACAAUAAUUAAUUACAUUUUAUGAUUUUAAAACAGCAACACAUUGUCAAAAGUUCAGUUCAAAAAUCUCACACUGAUCAUGCUGUACAAUCCAAGUCUCUGGUAUCCAGUUCUAUGCUCAGAAUGUACCAAACACACCGAUUUUCACUCACAUCUGUUGAGUGCCUGUCCAAGUUGCUUGUCCAAUGAAAUGAAUGCACUUGUGUGUGCACCCUUCAUGAACAGAUUUUACAGAAAUGAUGCAUUCAGGGUGAAGAAUCCUUUAAAGUUACUUCACUCUGUAAGCCCUCAUCCUCUACUCCAAAUUGCUGCUGGUAUCCCAUGCUGCCGUUGGUGACCUGCAUUGUCACACGAUGUAAAGGCCUACCCACAACACAGUACAAGUGCAAUAAGUGCAUGAGCAGUGCAUCUGAAGAAAAUGACUUCAAAGUUUGAUUUGUGUAAAAGUGGACAUCAUUUAAUAGUACUUUUGGAUAUAAUUCUUGUUAUGAAAUCUAAACCCAAGUUGUGACUGUCUACCUAUGACUCAAAACACACAAAAGUUCUUAUUCCUGCUGGCCUUUUUAUGGACCAGUGCAGAGCAUCACUUUUUCCAAAAGUCAUGACCAGCAGUAUUUUAUAUAUUGCGUUGGUUCUUUACUGCUAGCUUAUUUUAUACUGGGUAAUUUGUCAUUUAUUGGCCCAAAGGCAAAUUCAGUUUGCAGGACAGGGCACAGGGCACAGUGCACAUCACAUGCAACAACAUACACAGCGGUAGACAAAAAAAAUACAACAUAUUCUCAGAAUAAUUGUCCCAUCUGUUGAUCUCUGGCCCUGCUGCAGGAAAAACAGCCCACCUCUGUUGCUUCAUAACGUCCCCCAUGUAUCAUAGCUUUAAGGGGCAGAGGGGUGAAACUGGCUUGAAAUCAGAGGCAAAGACUCACUGCAACUCUCUGAACACUGAUAUUAACUCUGGUGUUUGAUGAAGUGCUUGUACAUAUUUUUUUGUUCUCAUGCUUUUUGUAUUCAGAGCAAGUACUUUUUUGUUUCAAUAAUUUGAAUAAUAAACAUGCACAUGUGAUCUUUGUUUUGA